GCUUAAGAAAAUUAGAAAAUGAAAAAAAAAAAUCAAUUUUAUCCUUUUCUAUUUUUUUGUUAAACCUUGUAAUUUUGUAGAUGAGUUGGUAAUUUUAUGGGCCAAAAUUAUGUACCAAGGCGUUGAAGAGCCCAUUUUGAACUGUACCUCGCAGUGCGAAUGAGCCAGCCCACUUUAUUGGGCCCUAUGAAAGAGCCCAACGGUAAUAGUUGCAAGCUCCUUUUCUGUUGACCGGCCGGAGAACAGCUAACCGCCGUCGGCAAGCACCUCCCUUUCCCGUCCCGUUCGAACUUGGAAGACCAAUUACCGACACUCCAAUUUUCCUCUGCCAUUUGCCUCGCGUUUUAGGCCAUAUGGCACAAUCUCCGUCGUCAUCCUCUCUCUCUCUGAUUAAUAGAAAGCAGAACCAGACUGCGACAAGAGCAGAGUCAAAUAUGACUUCUUCCGGUGAACGGAGACCAGACGACCACGGCAGCAACCUGGUCGGAGCCCGUUUCUUCAAAAUCAUUCUCCAGGAAACCGUUCGCGACAAGAAGCUCUUGAUUCCUUCGAGGUUCGUUACAAAUUGCGGGGAGGGUUUGUCGAACUCUGCAAUUCUGAAGGUCCCAAGUGGGCUGAGCUGGACGGUGGGUCUGGUGAGGGAUGAAAUUGGGGUCUGGUUUAGGAAUGGAUGGCAAGAUUUUGCAGAAUUUCACUCAUUGAGAUAUGGGCAUUUCCUGGUUUUCGAGUACAAGGGCUGCUCCAGUUUCUAUGUAGUUAUCUGUGAUAGAACAGCUGCUGAGAUUGAGUACCCGAUCACUAGAACUGCUAGCAACCAGCAGCCUGCUACUGAUGAAACUGGAAGUUUUUUACUUGAACCAAAAGUUGAAGUGAUUGAAGAUGUCUCUGAUGAAGUCGAUGCGCCCCAAAGAUGCAAGGGUAAGCCCCCAGUCGAGGUUUCGCAGUAUCGCGGUAGGAAGAACGAGAAGAAGAAUGUGAGGGGUAGUUCGUCUAGAAAUGGCAAAGUGAGGAUGGAGAGUUGCAGUAAGGAAAGUGCAGAAGGGCAUGAAUCAUCUGCACAAGGGAUUGGAAGCAAUUCGGUGGAGUUGGGAGUCAAAGAGGAAGAGGGAGGUGAUGAGAUGAUCCAUGAAGAGCCUCCAUUUGUGAGGGGACGUAAGCCUAUCACUGGAUUCACCUCACCACAUCCAUUUUUCGACUGCCGGAUGACUUCUAGUACUUUGUCAAGGAAGCAAUUGUAUUUACCAGCAGGCUUUUCAGUCAGGCACAUUAGAAAAGACGAGAUUUCAUUGAAGCUUCAGGUUGCAGAUAAAACUUGGCCAGUGGCACUAGUUAGGUGCACGAAGGACAAGUAUGUGUACUUCAGCGACGGCUGGCUUGAAUUUGCAGAGCAGAACUCUCUGAAACCAGGAGACAUUUGCAUCUUCGAGUGCGUUCACAGGUGGACUAACGUCCUGCUGAAAGUCACCAUCGUUCGAGAAUGUUAAUACGACACCAUGUCGUUAAUUUGGAACACUAUUUAUCCUUUCUGUAUGUGUGGAAAGCUUGCACCCGGGACAGUGCAGAUAGCUAGUUCCCUGUUGUGUAUUAUCGAGAAAUAGUGACUUCUGUUGCCAAGUUCAGAAUGAAGCUUCUUCUUCAUUGUUUCUUUUAGCAGUCAGACAAACGCAGUUGAGUCUGCCUGCUAUACCUUCCUGUUUGCCAUCUCUGCCAGAUUACUCAAACUGGGUAUUCAUAACUUCGAGAUGAAAGGCUCCAAUGGCUGAUACUGUAAUAUGAUGUUAAUGGUUAAACUAUGGAGUGUUGGCACCACAGACGCAACUAGCAGAAGAAGCAAAGUUAACCAGAAGUAGAUACAAAGAAUCCCUUAUAAGAUUCUUGGCCUGAAAGGAUAUUUAAUAACUUGCAGCAAAAGUCAAUAGUGUCACAGUUAAGCCCAGUUGGAAUGUUAGAUAAAACCAAAUUAAUCCCUUUCAUUUGUGUGGAAAGAAGAGGCAGACGAAGACUUUUCUGUGUGGAACUUAAUAAAAGCAAGCACACCCACCACAUCAAAUGAGAACGUCUUAAGCACUCAUAGCCUACUUGCCGCCGGUCAACCCGCCGGCUCUUUCUUCUUACUUUCCUGCGCACAGCUUUGAGUUCCAUGUGCCUGUCGGACCCCCUCGAAACUGAGACUCGGCGGUAAGUGUUUCUGAAGUUCCAUUAAUCAACUACAAUGCAUACUUCUGAUAGGUGCCCCUAAUAAGAAUGCGAGUUGAUUGUCAAUGGCGGUUGGAUAAGUUCGAAACAUGUCUAGUUCAGCCAUUAGUUUGUGUUAAAUAGCAUUGUUGUCAUUCAAUGUUUAUUAACGAUUGAUUUAAGCAGAGCUAUAUACGGUUCAAACUUAUCUGCAAACCGCCAUUGGUAUGCACCCCAUGCUUUUAUUCGGCACCGCUUUUGUUUCUAAAACGGAGAACACGAUGCAUGAUCCGAGUUCUGCCAUCAAAUGACUACAUAUGCUGCAACACCAUGAUGACUCAGAGGUAAUACAAACAAUCAUAGUAAGUGUACUAACUCAAAGGUAGAGGUAUGAGGAGAUGAUGAUAUAACCCCAACCAAGGUAAACAACAAAGCCACAAUUCCCCGCACGGACAGAAAGCACUAGUAUAAAGAGUUAGUCAUCGUCAGCAAUGAUUAGAAGUAUGUUCGCAUGUUAAGUAAUUUGUGGUAAGUGGCAUUUUAGUAUUCCAUCUUUAUCUACAAUACACAAUGAACAUUAAAUUCACGC